AUGUCACCUCACACCUGGUGUCACACACACAGUGUCACUACAGGAUUACAGCAGCAGCACAGGAUUUGGAAAACACAAAACCCAAAAUUUUUUGUGCCGGCGCCCAUCGGUGCCACCGAGGAGCCACCGAGGAGCCACCGAGGUGCCACCGAGGAGCCACCGCGCCGCGCUGUCCCGCCAGGUGGUGCUGCCGGCGCCGGGAAUAAAGUCGGGAGAGGAAAAGCGGCCAAACGUGAGCGGGAUGGGGCGGCUGGAGCGGGGAGAGAGCGCAUCGACCCUGCCACCAAGAGGAACUGGAUCCCGGCCAGCAAACACGCCCUGACCGUCUCCUACUUCUACGAUGCCACCCGCAACGUCUACAGGAUCAUCAGCGUGGGGGGCACCAAGGCCAUCAUCAACAGCACCAUCACCCCCAACAUGACCUUCACCAAGACGUCCCAGAAGUUCGGGCAGUGGGCCGACAGCAGAGCCAACACCGUCUACGGGCUGGGCUUCGGCUCGGAGCAGCACCUGUCCCAGUUUGCAGAGAAAUUCCAGGAGGUGAAGGAAGCGGCUCGUUUGGCCAGGGAGAAGUCCCAGGAUAAAACAGAGCUGACCAACCCUGCCCUGAGCAUCACAUCCCACCAGGUGCUCCCCAGCCCCAUCAUCAGCUCCAAUGGUCCGGGAGAGGAUAAACUGUUCCGGAGCCAGAGCGCUGACGUGGAGAUCACCACGGAGAAGGAGAGGCUGAAGAAGAUGCUCUCGGAGGGGUGAGGCUGCUCUGACUCC